UAGACAAAAUUGCAUAAUAGAGCUACUCGAAAUUCUAAAAAAGGGAGGGAGUUACUAUAGGCAAAGAAUAACAUGUUCUCGCCUUCAACAGUCAGUUCGUCUACACCCUUCAAAGUAAAUGGAACAUCCCGAGGAGCGCUACUAUAAGUUGAACCGAUUUCUUUUAUCGGCUACUGGAUUAUGGCCUUAUCAGAGCGAGUGGAGUGCUCGUUUAUUCAGGACGGUUAUCACUAUUUUGAUGACAUCAUGUGUAGCUGCUCAGAUAUCGAGCUUAUUUACGUAUCCCCAUAUCGAUUUAAACUUUAUAAGCGAAUUAUUACCAAUGAUUGUGCCUACAGCAGGCAAUCUGUUCCAGAUAUAUACCCGUGUUAUUUAUAUAGACAAAUUUAAAGAAUUAUUUGAGCUUAUGUGGAACGAUUGGGCCCUUGAAAAAACAGACGAUGAGAUCAAAAUCAUGCAUCAAUAUGCUGAAACUGCGAAAUCAAUCUCGAUUUAUUAUUUUGUUAUAUUUUACUCGAUUGUGAUCGGAUACAUUGUGUGGCUGUUCAUGCCGGUAAUUUCUGCCCAUAUACAACCUACGAACGAAUCGCUCUUACAAUCGGUUAUUCAUGUGGAAUUUUAUAUUGAUACAGAACAGCAUAUUUACUUCAUUCUAUUCUACCUAUCUACCGUAUUUAUUCUUAUGCCAUUAAUUUUUAUUGCCAGUUCCACUUUAUUUCUGGUUUUUGCGCAACAUGUUUGCAGCAUGUGCGAGUUGUUAGGGAAUCGCGCAGAGCGUUUAUUUUAUGUUAUCGAGAAUAAGGCGGAACGCGAUUUAAUUGAUGGGACGAAAAGUUGCAAAAAUAUAGUUCUUCUUAUACAACAACAUUACAACGUUAUAAAAUUCGUUGACAUGAUCGAAACAAGUCACACAAUACCAUUUCUAAUAGAUCUAUCAGGAGUAGUGAGUUCGAUAAGUCUUUGCUUACUUAAGAUACUAAAUUAUGAUCUAAAUUUUGAGAGUAUAGACAGUGAAUUUGUCCUAUCUUUUGCUUUCAUAAUUGUGGUUGCGAUUUAUCUGAUUAUACCUAAUUAUGGGGGUCAAAAAAUCACAGAUAAAAGCUCGAUUUUAUGUGAGAAAGUAUACAAUUCCGCCUGGUACAAUGCAGAUGUUUCACAGCAGAAAUCAUUAAUGCUAAUAAUGGGUCGACGAUUUCAUCCGCUCGUCCUAACAGCCUGUAAGUUUUAUCCGAUGUCUUUGUCGAGUAUCAAAAUGAUAUUUCAAAUGGCGAUAUCCUAUUGCAUGUUUAUGAGAAAAGUUUGAAGUUAUUCGCUAACUAUACAUAGAUGUUGGAACAUGGUGAGAAAACAUGCGAAAGUAAUGUGUCAAAUAUGCACUGUACUUUUAAAAUCAAAAUAUUUUUAUAGAAAAUUAGUGUUUUAUGCUGAUUUAUAGAUAAAAACGCAUGUGUACACGUGUAAAUUUAAAUGUAGUAUGUAUAACUGUAGUAAUAACUGAAAUAAAUCAGUAAUACACCUUGCCCAAG